AUGUCUUUUUCUUGCGCGUCGGUCCCCGCUUCGUCCGUGCACAUGCCUAGCGACGCGAUUUGCGAACCAUCUUCUUGGACGCCCGCCUCACAGACGCUCCCAUACCGCUGCCCUUCCCUCGUCGCCACGGCUGGAUUCCCUUCGAGUUGCGGGUCGGCAUGUCCUUGGAGAGGUCCGCGGAGCAGUGUUAUGGGCAAUUUCUUUGCUGUCCCCCACAAGGUGCAGCACACCAGGUGGGGGAUCCGCUUGCUGCUGGAGGAUCCGACGGCAGCCGAGCCAGCCGAGGCAGAUUCGCUGCGGAGGACAGCACGGCCAGGGUGCGCUCCUUGGUAG